CUCUAUAUAGACUGAAUUAAAUCAGCUGACAAAUGGUAUCUCCCUACUCCCGUAUGGAACGCGCUGCCGCGCCGAAGCCGGCUGCUGCCCGAGCGUUGAAAGCGUAGAAGGUUGCCCGUGGUUCUUUACUGUUGUGGAUGUCGGACUGACUCCGGGGAGAGAGAAUUCUUCGCAGCCGAAAGGGAGGUUACUUUUUCGGGGCAGUCGCGGAGCGCGCUGACCAUGGCCUCCAACUUCAAUGAUAUAGUGAAGCAGGGAUACGUGCGGAUACGGAGUAAGAAACUAGGGAUUUUCAAGAGGUGCUGGUUGGUGUUUAAGAAGGCGUCCAGUAAAGGCCCCAGACGGUUAGAGAAGUACCAAGAUGAGAAGGCAGCAUACUUCAGAAGCUUUCACAAGAUCACGGAGCUUCACAAUAUCAAGAACAUUACACGGAUGCCCCGGGAGACCAAGAAACACGCAAUGGCAAUCAUCUUCUACGACGAGACUUCCAAGACAUUUGCCUGUGAGUCAGAGCUGGAUGCAGAGGAGUGGUGCAAGCUGCUGUGUGUGGAGUGCCUAGGAAGCCGACUGAAUGACAUAAGCCUGGGAGAACCAGACCUGUUAGCAGCGGGGGUGCAGCGGGAGCAGAGCGAGCGGUUCAACGUGUACCUGAUGCCCACUCCCAACCUGGACAUCUAUGGGGAGUGUACGAUGCAGAUCACCCAUGAGAACAUCUACCUGUGGGACAUCCACAACGCCCGCGUCAAACUGGUUAUGUGGCCCCUCAACUCACUGAGGAGAUACGGACGAGACUCCACUUGGUUCACUUUCGAGUCAGGAAGGUAUACCCACUCCAACCAGACAACGUUAACCAAGUCCAUUUCUCUGCCUCGCAGUGCCUACUGGCAUCACAUAAUGCGUCAGAACAGCGUGGGAGACAUCUACAGCUACCAAGGUACUAGCCUGACGAUGAUCCCCCGAGCACAGACCUUCCCCAGCUUCCUCUCUGAACAGACAGAAGAAGAGCAGUCCUCUCAGCACCAGGAAGAGGCACUUUCCCCCUCCAGUGGCUACGGCUCAAAGUGCAACCAGGGGAUGCUCCAAUGACAAGCACUUACAGGACAAACCUGGACAUUCCAACACUUUAGAAGGCUGUAGAAAUAUGUAUAGGAACAUGUAUAAUAUGGCAUUGUAUGUUAAUAAAUUAUGACGAGUGUUAAUUGUAGAGCGGUACAUAUAUAUAUAUAUUAUUCUAGACUUUUUUGUACCCGUUGUGAGACAACAUAGGCUAAAACAAUUGCACCAAAAAUAUUUCUCUUGUAGUUUUCAAAAGGGAGACAUACUGUAUGUGUCAUAGUGUUUGCAAGUACUUUGGAUCCUUUCACUGUAAAGUCCCUUGUUGGUUAGCCUUUUUUUCAAACUGCAUAUCAUACAUUCUGAAAUGUCAAAAGUUUAUGCAGAUUGCAAAGCAAUGCUGAAAAGGGUUGUUUGUAAGUUGUUAAUGUCUUGUGACUGAAGGUCCAAAAAAUUGGAACGUGUUUUUCAUCCUUUAAUUUUCCCCACAAUGAUGUUCUGACAUCUGCUGGGUCCCAUUCAUUAGGGAAAACUCGUAACGUUCUGAAAUAUUUGUGGGCUUUUUAGUUUACCUGCAACAAGCACCACAUCCCUCCAUUCAAAAUGAUUUGCCUGUUCACAAGUACAGGUCUGAGAUAGACGCUGCAGGCAACAUAUUUAAAAAAAUCUAUACAAAUCAUCCCAACUUCCAAACGCAUGAACAAAACCAUACAAUGAAAAUAUUAACAAAUCUGACUAGCACCUGUAGGCUAUAUCUAAGUCCAACUUGACUAGGACCUACAGUAUAGACUAUAGCCUAUUUAAGGCUGACCCUUGUGAACAAGCAAGUCCAACUUGACUAGGACCUACAGUAUAGACUAUAGCCUAUUUAAGGCUGACCCUUGUGAACAAGCAAGUCCAACUUGACUAGACCUACAGUAUAGACUAUAGCCUAUUUAAGGCUGACCCUGUGGAGCACUCAGACAGUGACCAUGCUUGGUCUGACUAUUGAUGUUUCCCAGACCUCUCUGUCCUCCAGCCACAGUACGAAGUGCCUUCUGACGCAUGCAGAGUGUGACACUACUGUACCAGACACCCACAGGCUUAAUCUCUGGCCCGGGUCCGUGUCUGUCAUUAUUCUACUAUAUCUACGCCCUCAGCUCCUCUUAGGUGCAAGACAUUCUGAAAAUAGUCUUGUCCAUUUAAACAAAAAAAGACUUGUCGUCUGUCAUUAUCUGAGAAAUGAUAGUGUCCACAAAUUCACAGAUCGUAAGAACACAAAGUCAAUGUUCACAAGAAAAGACAAUCAGUUUAUUGAGGUAUAUGGAUGAGCAAAUCAGUCGAAACACUGUUAUCCUUUUGAGCUACUUCCUUUCUUUGGUGUGUGAAUUAUUUUGGUCAAAGUUUGAAUAUUUAUUUUCAUAGAGGUAGAUAUGUUUAUAUGGAAUCCCAGAAACAUCCAGGGCACAGUAUAAAAUAAUAUCCAUGAAUAUCAUAUGUUUAGAUCUCACAGUUACACACAAUUUGCUGUUUGUUUAAUUACUGUAUAUUAUAAGUGAAUCAAUUUAACCUGAACAUGGGUUGGAUUAACAAAGAAAGUGCCCUUCUACAAAAGGUUCUCAGUAUCUAUCUGAUACAAUGAUAACUGGGUGAAACUCACUACUGCAUACCUGUGUUUAAUGUAAUUAAUCCAUCUCUACUAUUUUACACAACUGUAAAGGGAGAAAGUAGUUCCAUUUUGUUUGUGAUGAGUGUUUAUACAGUUGUGGUAGGGAGAGAAAGUAGUUGUAGUUUGUUUGGAGUAUUUAUACAACUGUGGUAAUGAGAGAAAGUAGUACCAGGUAGUUCUUUGACAUUAAUUAUUUGUUGUUUUCCACUUUACAUGUCUUUCUCACACUGUUUAUGUCAGCCACAUCUUGUUUGAAUAUAGUAUAGAAAUAGA